CUGCUGUGAGGCUACUCCACAGGAAGCGUGACCUCAUUCUGCUCCGUGCCGCUGAUUGCACGGGCUGUUUUCAAAAGGCAACAGGGGACUUCACGGAGGGACCUGCCUUCCCCAAGCCCCAGGGCUCAUCUCUGCCAGGGACCCGCAGAAGGAGCACCCUCCACCUCGCUCUGAGGCUCCCGUGUUGAUGAUGAGCAACUUCUUUGCACACGUGUGUUAAUAGUGGGAUGGAUUUUCCAGGGAGAAAGGACUGGACUGCUCUUCAGAAAUGACUGAUACGUGUGAACAAAUAAAUCUAUCUUUGUAGACACUUGUGUUUGAUAAUCUAUCCUGCCUGUUACCCCAAGGUGUAUGAAACAAUACUCUUCAAGAUGUAUGGAAUAUCACAGAUGGCAUCGACACCAGGAGCAAGUUCAUCAGAGUUCAAUGGAGAACAAAAACGCAGCCUCUCACAACAGAUUUUUCCAAGUCACGCUUGUGCCCUUUUGGAUGCCAACCCUGCCUAUGAGUGUUGUUCCACAAAUCCUCUGACCAGCUCCUUCCCCACGUGUCGCCGCAGCCCUCGCCUGCUUUCUAAUGGGUAUUACCUGCUGACAGAAGAGAGUUUUCUGUCUGAUGAAGAGGGCAACGUAACACUGACACCGUCCCAGACAAGUGUUACAUAUAAAGAGAAUUUAGUUCGCAUAUUCAGGCGAAGGAAGAAAAUCCGUCGCUCUCUUGCCGGCUUGUUCAACCUCGAGGCCUCCAGCUCAUGGUUCAGCAGCACCGUCCUCAGCACCUUGGAUUCCUCCCACGUGGAUGAUCCUUGGCCUGAUGGAUGCGAUAACCUCGAAGCCAGUCAGAGCGAUAUUGGUGUUUCAGACUUUUCUUCUGAGUGUGAGAGCCCUGUGCCACAAAGGCAAACUGCAGCAGCUAAUGGAGCCUCUCUCACCGAAGAGGACGAGUUUCUUCAGCAUGGGAAACCAAUUUGGUCUCCAAAAUCCUGCUCUCCAUUUAUGAUAAAUGCCAACAAGGACACUUUGAGCACUGCAGGAUCCAGGAUAGCACGAAAUGUCCUUUCUCAGAUGGUUGCACUGAUCACAUGUUUAAUCAUAUCAAUAUGUACAAGAUAUUUUCUGGGAGGAUUGUCUGCCACUUUGUUGCUGAUAAUUUUAGUUUUUCUUUUGUCCCAAGAUGGUGCUGUGUCAUCUUUCUUCAGUCUUGACACAUCUUUCAAAACAACUAAGUUUUGCUCUUCAGCAUCAAACUACUGGAUGCCUCCUUAUGACUAACGUUACACAUUCCUGUGGAAAAAAAGAUUAAGGAAUUGUUAGUAUUCUUCCUUCAAAAUACAAUUCAUUUUAGCUUUAUUUUUAUUCUGUGAGUAAGGCUGUACUUCUUGGUUUCUAUCUGGAAACAGUCAUGCAAAACAAUUGUUGGUCUUUUAUGUCAAUGAAGUCCUAUGGCGUCCUUUGGCAUAGGGUCAUACAAGCAUUUUGAUAAUAAAUUGAUGGUGAAAAGUGUUUUGUAACCCACAUUAGAUCAGUUUUUUACAAAAAAAAAAAAUAACAAUGAGGUCUUCCUGUACUUUAUGUAUUCAUUUCUUGUAACACAUGCUGUCAAAUAUAAUGGAUUUGGAUAGUGGCUGAGUACAUGGGGUAAUAUAUCUCAGAAGCUUUUUUGCACUGCCUUUUGGCCUUUAUGCUGAGCAUUAAAAAAACAAACAAACAAACAAAAAAAACCCAGCCAGGAAAAAAAGGAAGAAAUAAAUAUUAUUGUAGGGAAAGCAGUAUUCAGAAAACCAGGAAUCAGGACGUGGAGAAGCAAUGAUGAAUCUGAAUUACCCGGAUUCACAUACAAAAAUACAAGACCUGCAGGUAUUAACUUUACUUUGGAAACACUGAGCCCUGCUUUUCAGCUUGGAUCUUUGCUACAACAGAGACUAAAUUACGCAUAGAACCUGUGGGUAGCCAAAAACUGUUAUCUUGUGACUCCAGGCUUUUAACAAUCUGCUUCUUAAAAUACCUCCCUGCGUGCCAUUUUAGCUAGGACAGUGUGGAUGUCAUCUUCCCGUGCAACAGGGAUGAUAAUGUGUGAGGAUGCUGUUGCCCACCCAAUCAUUCUAUAACCAGUGCUGCUUCUGGUCUGCUUGUCCCCUGGUGGGCUAAAAGCAAUGUUUGCACAGCCCCAGCUGGUAAAUCAGACACGAAAAUUCUGCCUGUGGAAGGUCUGGGUCUGCUGAUGAGGUACAAUCAGGCUGGCAAGGCAUAAUGACAGGGAUUUGAAAACUCUGCAGCAAAAGCACACAAGCGAAAGGUUCUGGUGGAAGAAAGAAUCAACAAAACUGGAACACCACUGUCUGUUCAACUCUGUGUCGAAGCCAAGCUCAAGCAGGUCACAGCUGUAUUUCUAGCACCAAAGAUCCUAACAAGUGAUGCAAAGAGGAAAAGGGUACUUGAAAUUAAGUUAAAAUGUAGAUUUCUCUUUCGUAGCAGACAUAUAUGCUGGUGUAUUUUGAAUAUAAGCAUCAAAAGCUCAGCAUUAAGAGCUCAACAAGGGAAGUUUCCCCCAAAUUACCAAUUUUGCAUAGUAAUUUACUGUUCCCCAGUGCAGUACAUUGACUUUAUAUGAAGACAGACCACUUGAUGUAACAAGACCAGGUUUUAUAGUUUCAACGGACAGCGAAAAUAGAAUGUUAUUCUUCAUAAAACUGAUGUAUUAUGCAACUAUAAUAGCAGUUAUAAUACUCUUCCUCAUAUUUAUUUGCAGUUAAUACACUUGAAUAAUUUUGUCAGUAUUAAAUAAUUCUACUUCUUUAUUUACUUUAACUAUGGAAACAACUGAGAGUGAAUAUCACUGGGCAAUAUAUAAAUAUUUUGUUCCCUAUUUUAUUGCUACUUAUAACAGCAAUAUAACAAUAUUGCUACUUAUACUCAUUACUAAAUGCACUUUUUAAAUUAAAGGAUUAUAAAGAUCUUUAGUGUUUAAAUAAUCUCCUGGAAGAAUAAUCUAGGAAAUUAAAUCCUAUAUUGAAAGAAAAGUCUAAGACUGCAGUUACCCUGCUGUCAUUGAAGUGAUUAUGCUGAAAACUAGAAAAACCUGAGGUCACUGUAUAGUAGUUAGUUCACUGCAAACUGCUGAAGAAAAAGCUGAUUCAACUUGCCAAAAAUUUGAUCUAAAAUGAAUUGCUAUAAUCUGUCUAUGAAUAAAUAUAAACUCUCAAUUAGAAUUGCUCUGAUCUGGAGAGAGGGAAGUUCCGGGACAAUUUGGCAAUUUGAAUUCAAGAGCUAUGAAUAACACUCUUAGGAUCUGCUAAAAUAUGCCCUCCAUGAUAUUCAUUAAUGAUGAAUUAACAAAGUUCUGUUCAGUUACCAGACUGUUUUGCUUUGGCGGUUCCCUUCCAUAUAUUCUAAUGGAGAUAAAAGCAAGAGUUGUAUUGUUUCUCUGAAAAGAGGCACAAUAGUAUGUUCAGUCCCCUUGGAUGAAAAGUUGAAGCCAGGAUCUGUCUGAUGAAAAACUAAAAAAAAAUUUUUGAACCUAAAUGUUUAAAUACAAAUUUUCAGGGGUAAUUAGUAUUGGCAGUUUCUGUUAGUAUCAAGCCUGAGAUAAUAGUAAAAUGUAACUCUAGCAAAUGAAAAUCACUUGUUGAUUAAUGAUGAACUGACACAUCUACAAACACAGAAAACAGCUAGAACUUUAGGUUUCUGUCCCCAGUGAUUAAACUUUUACUGAGCUUCAAUAUAGCACCUUAUUCAGAAAAAGAGAAUCAAAGAAGACUUUCAAGAUACAGAUUUAUAACCCCCUGUGUAUUACCUCAAACCAUUUGGCACUAUUUUUUAUCACUACACCUUUUCUUAUACUCUCUUAUUUCUUGCUGUGUUCAGCUGCAUUUCAGGGUCAUUUUCAGGGUGAUUCCAGAGUAUGUAUCACACGGAGCUUUGCAGCGGGAAUGUUUCUGUUGAAGGGAACAGCAGCAAGCGAAAUGAUAAUAUUUAUGGCAUCCCUUAUCUUAUAAUGUCCUUAGUCUGUAAGCAAGUCUGUUUUGUAUUUAUUUUGAAAGCAUUGCUUAUAGAAGCCAAACCAUACAAAGAUUAAUAUUUUUUAUUUAAAUGAGAUGGAAUAAACCACAGUGGUACAGAAUACAGGUAUGGCCAUUGAGUCCAGUACUGCAGAAUCUACUCUUUUGGUUUGUUUUUGGUUUUGUUUUUGUUUUGUUGUUUGGGUUUUUUUUGUUUUUGUGAAUUAGCUGCAGUGUUUUGAAACCUCUUUGUACAUUUUAAUCUACACUGAGCAAAACUGUUACUUCAUUUUAUAUUCUUUCUUUUUUAUGGUUUCUCAUGGUGCAUUUUUUUUUAAUCGCUGGCAUUAACUUAUCAGUGAGUUUGUUCCUGUUUUCAUUUCUUCCUGUAUUUGAGGGUAUUGUCAAUAAUGAAAAUUAUUGUUAAGAAUUGCAUAUAUUUCAAUGAAUUUGUUAUUUGUGAUCUUAUAUCCUGCCCUGUAGAUUGUGGGCACUUUGGGAAAGGAUUUAUUGGUACUUUGGUGUGAAUACAAAAACCUCAUUUUGUUACAGUUACUAAGUAACUGUUACCACCAUAAAAUAAAAUAACAAUAAUAAAUAAUAAUAAUAAUAAUAGCAACAACAACAAAAUCACACCAAUAAUAAUAAUUUAAUAAGAAAUAAAUAGAAAGAGAGUGGUUCAGGUUCUGAGUGGGUAUCAGUCAGCUGAUUUCCACUAAAGACUCUGACCUGCAGCAUCUUAGCUGCUAUGAUUUGUCCAUGGAUAUCAAUUUGCUGGGGCUGUAGCACCUUACACGAGUAUAUACUGAUGGAGUGAACACAUAUUCAAAAUAAUUCUGGUGCACUGUAAUAAUAAUACUAUAAAGCUUAUUUGUGUCAUGACAUAGAAAUAUAUUUUAUAUUGCAUUGUUUCAUACAUUUAACAAAUAAACUUUUCAUGUAUUAAAGCAGUAACAUGAAUUUCUUGAGGGAAAGCAUGGCAUAUGGGGUCAUUUUUUCUUUCUCAACUCCAUUCUCCUGUUUGUAAUGUAGCUCAUAAAAUUUCUCUGUCAUGUACAUCACUUCAUGCUAAUAAUUCGAGCUUGUGCUACUUAAAACCCUUAGUACAUAAUUUGAGUGAGAAAUAGGUGCAUGAAAAUAGCGAACACAAUAAGGUCAAUACAUGUAAAUAAAAAAUUUGCAUUUGAUUUGAAAA